AUGUUAAGAUUCUUAUUCACUGGCAACACGGGCGGACAGCUCGAUCGACUCCAAAGGCAUCUUCCAGGUGUGGGUGGCGGAGAGGAAGAGCCAUCCAACGACAAUCGUCAGCUCCUGGAUCUUUUGGUGGAUCCUCGCCAAUUGCCACCCCAUCAUGUCCAGAGAGCAGCGAUCGACUGGCAACAAGUCGUCACAGUGGCACUGGAGAAUCCAUUGACACUGCAUGUGCGCGACCAGUUUCGCCUAAGAACACCUCUUUUCUUGGCCAUUGAACGAGACGCUCCACCCUUUGUCAUUCAAGCCUUUUUGCAAUCGUAUCCACCGGCUGCCAGAGUCGUGCAAAAGAUCGGAUUGACACCGCUGCAUUUGGCCGUGGCAAGGGGGGCACACAAUCAUGUCGUUCAGUAUCUCUUGGGGGCAUGGCCGGAAGCCGCCUCCUACAAAAUGAGCGAUGGCUGUGUACCGCUCCAUUUUGCCAGAAAUGUGGAAACGGCCCGACUCUUGAUUGAGGCAUAUCCAGAAGCCUUGUGGGUGGCCAACAAAGCAGCCUAUCUACCAAUUCACCGAGUCGUAUAUGCUCCAUAUGCUUCGCCCGAGGUGGUGAAACGGUUCUUGGAUGCCGAGCUCAAAGUUGUCCAGGAUAGCGACGACGACAAUGCCAGCCCCAACAAGAACAAGAAAAGCCAUGAGCAAGAAAGUCAACUUUUAGCCAAAACAAUCCACGGAAUUACACCAUUAGAUGCUGCCUGUGAAAUGGUAUUCCGGGAUUUGAACCAUAAUCAACGCGACGGCGAUGACAACAACAACAAUACACCGCCCGUAGUUAGCCCGGAAAAGUGGGAAAAGUUGCUCGUAUUGGCAAAACAUACCUACGAUGUUCACCAGUCUGGCUGUCGUCGUCGGAGGAGGAGGCCAUCAUCAACACUCCAUUCAAUGCCUCUUGGAAUGGACAAACCCUUGCUUCAUAUCCUUCUUCAAUACACUUCCAUCGAACUGCAAGUAUUACCGCUGGUACUGCAAUACAUUCUCAAUCACAAAUAUCCCGAGCAACGCGCCAUGGUCGACAAAGGCCGUUCGGCGCUGGCCAUUGCCGUGUCGCGACCAAACAUGUCAGGUAGCGUUGUCAAGCUGCUGUUGCAAGAUCCAGUCCUGCGAGCCAUGGCCACUGUGACGGACGUCCAGGGACGAUUGCCCUUGCACAGUGCCACGGCCAGUGGACAUCGAGAUGGGUUGGAAGAAUUGAUGCGGGCUGCUCCCGUGGCGCUGACCAUCCCGGAUCCUGUGACGGGGUUGUAUCCCUGCUUAUUAGCAGCAGCCACUGCAACUGAUGAUGGUGAUGAUGAUGACUGCCAAGAAGCUCUGAGCGUCAACGCCAUAUAUAGUCUCCUUCGGGAAACGCCUUCGAUAGUUCCAACGAUGAGUAGUACAUGUACCGAAACUGCAGUAACGGGGAAAAGAGGCCUCACACAAAGUCAACACGAAGUAGCGCUUCUGGGUAAAACCUUGUCAGCUGCGAAGGAAGUGUAUGUGUGGUGGAUCCUGCCUAUCCUCCUGGCGUUUUUGCUACACGACAUCUUGAUUGAUGCCAUCUUUGAAAGGAAUGAUAUCAAUGACGGUUAA